GUUUUUUUUUUGCUUUGUGGGUCUCUCUGCUCAUUUUGCUUCCUGGGGUUUCUUUUCUUUUCUUUUCUUUGGGUUGCCAGCCUCUCUAGCACCUUUUGGCUGUGCAUUUGCUUUCUUUCCUGUUAUGAUCUCCUGUGAUGGGACCGUCAGAACCUGAAGCAAGACAGAUGUUUCCAGAUAACAAAUCUGAACAUGGGAGUGAAACUAGUAAUGGUUUGAGGACGUGCCCUGCAACUACUCUCGGAGAAGAUGAUCAUUUUACCAAUAGCAGAAUGUUAAACUCCCCGUCCUCCUCGUGUUCUUCUUCAUCUGGAGACCGUUUUGAGUUGGAUACAGAUGAAAUCAGCAAGUCCUAUACAGAUGAUGUUGGGGUUCCUAAGCAUGGCAAAAACACUCGAUAUGACCAUGACAACGGCAUUCCGAUAAGCUACAUGCCCUGGCAAGAACAACAACCCAAUCAUGCUCCUACAAUAUUGAGCUCAGACAAUGGUUCCACAGCACAGUUCCCUCCAACGCAGGUGAUGGAGCGACCUGCUGAAUCAAACUCCUCUGCUUCUUAUAGGAUUCCAUCUUCUGUAUUUGCUAGAACUCAAUCUAAUGCUCAAAUGGAAUGGAGUGUUGCUUCCAAUGGGUCAUUGUUCAGUAUUUAUACAGGGAAUAUGAGCUUCACAACAGACGACCAAAACUCGGUGGGGAAAUCUGGAGAGAUAGGGUUUCCAAGUGAUUCUACCUUGCCUAACCCGUUGGUUGAUUUCUCAAGUAAUCAGCAUCCAAUCAAUAAAUCAACGGACGUUGGACCAAAGAAUGAAAAUGUCGACGAGUACCUUGGUGUAACUGAAUCAAAAGCUCCUGAAACAAUGAGGGGGGUGGUAAAAGAGGAUGGAGGAGAUGACAAUAAAGAGCGGUCUCUUGCCAAAGGAUCACUUCAUUCAGCUAGGCUUUCUCAUCGUUCAGAUGCAAGUGGAGAAAGCAUCCAAUCUUUUGCAUUUCCAAUAUUGACAGGAGAUGAUAAGAGUUAUUCACUGUCUCAGAAGCACUAUCCAUCAUCACGGCACCGGUCGCAGCCGCCGACUCCUAGAUCAGCUCAAUCGCCUCGGGCACGGCUAGAGUCACAACCGCUGUCAGAGCCAGUGACGGUGCCGAAAGCGAAUAUAAACGAGGCUCGGGGCAGAUGGUUCUCCUGUAUUCCGUGUUGCUCAUUCUGUUCCUGAUGGGCAGUGGUUUUCAGUUGCCUUAGGUUUGAGAAAUGAUGUUGCAGAAUGGUAGAUCCUGUUUAGCUGUUGGCAUCAAUCAUUACAGGAUGCAUUGGAAGAAAUCUUAUUCUUGUUUUUACCUUUGCAGUUUCAGUUUUCCUUUGGUUGGAGAUGUUACCUUAAAGAUCUUAUGUUGGGAUUUCGAUGAAAAGGCCUUCAAUUUGUUUGCU